AAAGUGAAAAGGCUGGGAAAAGAAGCACAAGUCUUGAAAGAGAAAGAUUUGAUGAAGGGUGUGAGCUCUUCAGCAUGUAUACCACAGGUUUUAUGCACUUCUGCCGACAGCAUAUAUGCUGGAAUAGUGUUAAAUACACUCCUUGCUUGCCCUUUGUCUUCCAUACUUUCAAGUCCUUUUGGUGAAUCGGCCGCACAGUUUUGUGCUGCAUCUGUUGUUAUUGCUUUAGAAGAUCUGCACAAGAUUUCAUAUUUGAGUUUCAGAAUGGUGUUCUCUACAGAGGAGUCUCGCCUGAUGUUGUGAUGUUGGACCAAACAGGACAUAUACAGCUGGUUGACUUUAGAUUUGGUAAGAAGCUCGCCAGUGAAAGAACAUUCACAAUUUGUGGGAUGGCAGAUUCACUAGCUCCAGAGAUUGUGUUGGGAAAAGGCCACAGUUUCCCUGCUGACUGGUGGGCGUUGGGAGUUCUGAUAUAUUUUAUGCUACGAAGUGAAAUGCCAUUUGGAUCAUGGAGGGAAAAUGAACUUGAUACAGUUGCCAAAAUUGCAAAGCGGAAGCUACAUCUUCCAGAUACAUUCAACCCCGACGCUGUUGAUAUCAUAUCCAAGUUACUUGAUGUGGAAGAAACUACUAGACUUGGUAGCCAAGGUACUGAUUCUGUCAAGAGUCACCCAUGGUUUAAUGGUGUUGAAUGGGAAGGGAUUCGCCACCGCACUUUUCCCGCUCCUCCGGAAAUCGUUUCUCGUGUUACACAAUACCUGGAAGUUCAUUCUGAGGAUUGCAGUGGUUCUCUAGGUUCCCCAUUACAGGAGGUAGAAGAACUCAAUGUGCCUGAAUGGCUUGAGGACUGGUAAGAGAGAAUAUGAGAACAUUAUUAGGUUUCUGUGUCCUCUUAUUUUAAAAUUUGGCUAUACACCAAUAUUUAAAUACCUUUGCUUUGUUGGAUAAUUGCAAUCCAAGAUUGCAAUGAACCAGAAGAUGCAAAGUGACACAUUUGAUAUCAGAAUAUUCCCCCCAUAGUUCA